CUUGUUCUCGAGUCCCUUCAGGGCUUGUGUGUGAUCAACCCAAGUGUUGCGCUCGACACCACCAACAAAGUCAUCUAUCUAAAAGAGCUCAAUCAGUCAAAGGUUGCUUUGAUAUGUGGUGGAGGAUCGGGGCAUGAACCCGCACACUCAGGUUUUGUCGGGGAGGGCAUGUUGACAGCUGCGGUGUGUGGGAAUGUAUUUGCAUCACCUGGCUCUAGUCAGGUGAGGGGGGCCAUCGACCUUGUGGACAACGAGAAGGGCACGCUCAUCAUCGUAAAGAAUUACACUGGUGAUGUAUUGAACUUUGGCCUUGCAAAAGAACAAUAUGCCGCCCUUCAUCCGGAGAAAGCAGAUCGCGUCAAACUCAUUGUCGUUGGGGAUGACGUCGCUGUAGGAAGGACCCAAGGCAGUAUCGUGGGGCGCAGGGGUCUUGCGGGCACUGUCUUGGUAUACAAGAUCGCCGGUGCACUCGCUAGUUUAGGAGGCGAGUUCGAAAAAGUUUACAAAACAGCCGAGUGGGUGGCGAACAACCUUGCUACAAUCGGUGUAGGACUAGAUCACUGCCAUGUCCCCGGUACGGCCGUGGCAGAAUCGCAGAUGAAGGAAGGCGAAAUCGAAAUCGGUUUGGGAAUCCACAACGAGUCGGGAAACAGACGCGUAUCGCCCAUCCCAUCGCUUCAUGACCUCGUUCAGCAGCUCCUCGACCCUCUUCUCUCAACAUCGGACCCCGAGCGCUCGUUCCUCCCACUUAGGGGCGAAGGUGAUGAGGUCGUGCUCAUGCUAAAUAAUCCCGGUGGGGUCAGUGAACUAGAGCUUGGCAGUAUAGUGCGUGAAGUACAAACCAGUCUUGUUGAGAGACAAAUCAAGGUUCUCAGGGUGCUGAGCGGCAGCUUCAUGACCAGCCUGAACAUGCUAGGCUUCUCGAUCACUCUUCUCCUGCUCCCUACCACAUCCAGCCCUGGCACCAUCUCCACUCAGCUCUUCCUCGACCUCCUCGAUACGCCGACCAGCGCGCCUGGAUGGAAGUGGUCCUCAGGUCAACCGCCCCCGCCCAUCAUUGCAGCCCAAGAGGCUCCCCGUGCAGAUGUAGCCACAAGAGAGUUGGAGGGCAAGGCAAAAUUGCGCGCCGCGGAUCCUGGGGCAUUUGAUGCUGCUAUAGAGCGUGUAUGUCGAGCAUUGAAUGCCGCGGAGCCGGAGAUCACCAGAAUGGACAGUAUCGCAGGAGAUGGGGACUGUGGCUUGACUUUGCAGGCGGGGGCAACCGCCGUGCUUCAGGAGUUGAAGGAAGGGAAUGCGGGGGGUGUGGACAUCAUCGGCACCAUACUCACGGUCUCCAAUGUCGCCGCGGAUAAAAUGGGCGGGACGAGUGGCGCGCUCUACUCGUAUGUUACCUCGAUAUUUUUCUCCGCGCUCGCGCAAGGCCUUCAAUUCGCCGCAGCUACAGGCAUGUCGGACGUGGUCACUCAGGAGGUGUGGGCUCAGGCGCUCGCGUCCGCGCUGCGCAGCCUGUACACCUACACCCGCGCGCGACCGCCCUCGCGCACGCUCAUCGAUCCUCUCGCGGCUUUCGUCGACGCACUGUCCAGUCAUCCCAAUGAUCUCCGUGGGGCAGUUGCUCGCGCGGCUAAAGCAGCCGAGAAUACACGCGACGUCGAGGCCAAGGCGGGCCGGAGCGCGUACGUCGAGGGGGAUCGCCUGAAGAGCGAGCGCGUACCAGACCCAGGUGCCUGGGGGAUAAAGGUGCUGCUCGAGGCUAUCGUCGGCGCCUAGGUGCCUCGAUAUGCACACGGUCACGUCAUCUUGUUGCUGGAAUGGUGGGGGUGUCAUCGGACUUGAUGGACCUUGUUGAAGAUCAACACGUUUGUUGUAAGUUACUUGAUGCGAUAGGCUCUUCGAGAUGUACAACUUGCCACGGUGGAUUUAGGAGCAUGCCGUACCAG